ACACCAUUCUCUCUGCGUCUUCCUGAGACAAUGAUGGACAGGAGAUUGAGCAGGGAGUCCUCUAGAGGCUCUGUCACUCUGCAAAAGAAGCUAAUAGAUUCUGGCCGACCCAGCAAAACCCAACAGUCACCGGACCUGACAGAUUUCAUGAAUGACAUGUUUUUUGGGACUGUGCACAGUGAUAAGAAAGCUUAUAACUUGACUGGGAGUUGUUUGGAGGACGAAGAAGAAAAUUUCGAUGACAGCACCAGGAGCAAUAGCAGCAAGUUAACCCAAGAGUGGUUAGAGGAGGCCAGACGGAUGGUGGCGUCAUCUUCUUCGCGUUGUGACUCGCCUUCCAGCCUCGUUGGAUCACCAAGGUUCGCGGCUGUUCCUGGCAGGCUUUCAUCAUCUUCAGUACUUGAUAGGAGGGAUCCUCUGUCCAGGUCUGCUAGAAGGUACGUGUACGUGAUGAAUUACGCAACAUUUGAUUCUCCAAUAAAAUGAAAUUCAGAAUGAUCCAAUUGUUUGUCCUUUCUCUACAGACACAGAGCAACAGAAGGCUUCAGUGGAGAAAUACUUACAAAAUCAGCAAAGCACAGCCGUAAUAAAUCAGAAUCAUUAGACAGCAUGCCUAGCUCUCCCUCAGAGCCAUCCCCUGCAUCCCAGGUCCAACAGUGGUUUUCUGAGAUGCUCAAACCCUCCAAUCCCGACUCCCACCAACCCAACGACUCUCCAUCUCCAUCUGUUGAUCCAGUGGCCCUAACUGUGCCGCCCCGGCAGCCAACCUACCGCAAGUCCCGCUUCCAAACAGAGACACCUGUACCUGCACCCCAGGGAGUACCAGUACCCUCACCCAGAACUUUCAAGCCAGCCCCAUUAGCUGAUAAUCAAAUGCUGUCUCCGCCAAAGAACCUCAUUGAGUCAGUUCAUCGGAGAUCAAUAUCAUCGUCAACAUGUUCCCAACCGGAGAAACAACCCGUGUCUCCACCGAGGAAUCUUGUAGAGUCUGCUCAUAGAAGGUCGAUUGCAAGGUCCACGUGCUCCAUUGAGAAAAUUGCACCAAAGCCUAAUGCAAAUGGGAAGCAGAAGGAAGAGGAGGGAGAACGAGACCUUCUUCUAAAUGGCUUCCUUAAGGACCAAAGAAUCAAGAUUGAGAAGAUUUUGAAUGGGGAAAGUGAUUCUAAGGCCAAAGUUAUCCUUUCUGGCCCUUCAAACAGUACAAGUUCAAUGGUAGCCGCCAUAUGCUAUGCAUGGUUGUUGGAGAAUAGGUUCAUCAAGAAUAAAGUAGAUAGCAACGAAGACGGGUAUAUAACACUGCCUGUGAUGAAUUUAAGGAGAGGGAGAAUGUGGAAGCAAAGGCAGGCAGCUUGGCUCUUCCACCAUGUUGGCCUUGAGGCUACCUCAUUGCUCUUUGCUGAUGAGGUGGAUUUGGAGAGUCUAAAUGGGGCAGGGAAAUUAACCAUCCUUGUGGUUGGACAAGAUAUCCUCAAAACUGAAAGUGAAGUUGGAUCUCAGUGCACUAUUCUGACAGAUAAUUACUGUGAAGAUGCCUAUGAUCUGCUUCAAACCCCAAUGCUCAAAAAACUUUUGCUUGCAGGUAUUCUUUUAGAUACACAAAAUUUGAAUGCAUCUACUAAAUUAUCAAUGACAAGAGAUGCAGAGGCAGUUCAGUUGCUACUAGUCGGCUCAGCCCCUAAUUCUCAAAAUGCCAUUUUCAAUCAAUUAAUGCAAGACCAAAGAGACAAUUCCUUCUUUGAGGCUUUGCGAUACAACUAUGGAAAGCCCCCUAUUGAGAGUUGUCUAGACAGCAUGGCACAUAUGGAGAACAGGGAAGAUGAUAGGAAGUCAACUUCUGUCUAUUACAACGAAGCCAUCGUACAUAAUUCAGAGAAGUCUACGGAAGUGAAAAAUGCAAAAACCAAUAGGGACACACCAAAACCAGCAGCAACUGUGCAACAAACUCCUGAUGCCUCUCGUGGAAAGAAUACGUUCUUCCUUGCAAAGUGGUUUGGUUUCGGGAAAUGA